AUGUCUCAGCUAACUUCUGUAAUUAAAAGGGCAGGACCUUCUUUGCACUCUGCUACUGUUAUAUUUUUACAUGGUUUAGGUGAUAGCGGACAUGGAUGGGAACCAAUUGCUACAGAAAUAGGUGAAAUAAUGAAACAUGUAAAAUUUGUGCUACCAAAUGCACCAAUACGUCCAAUAACUAUUAAUAUGGGUAUGAGAAUGCCUGGAUGGUUUGAUCUUACAACUCUAAAUCUAGAUCAAAUAGAUGGUGGUGUGGAUGAAGAUGUAAAGAAAUUGAUAAAAGAUGAAAUUGACUCUGGAAUUGUUUCUAAUCGAAUUGUUGUUGGAGGGUUUUCUCAAGGAGCUGCAAUAGCUCUUGCUACAGGGGUAACAUCAGAAUAUCCUUUGGCUGGCAUAGUUGGGUAA